AUGGCUUCUUCCGAGCUGUCUGCGGAUGCCAUCGAAAGCUUUAUAUCCUUCACAAAUGCCACGCGGGAACAGGCGAUAGCUUUCCUUGAGGCAAACAACCAUGAUUCCAAUAGAGCUAUCAAUGCCUACUUUGAAAACCCUGGCAGCGUGCAAGCUGAGGUAUGGCCUAUGCCACCUUCUAGUCAGCAGGAGCGAUAUGGAUACCAGAAUCAAAAUGUACCUUCCUUUAGAAUUGACGCCGAUCCUGUGCACCCUGUCGGAUACAGAUCAGCUCCUUCACGUCCCCCGUCGAGAAUAGGUUCUCACGACCAUAUAGAAGAUGCUAAGGUGGGCCAGCCGAUCCGGGGCUCCACGAAUAGGCUUGAUGAUGUAGGAGAACCAGGUCCAACUGUGCGUAUGUCUCUUGCGGAACAGGAGGAGCAUGAGUUGCAGCGGGCAGUAGCAUUGUCAUUGAACGCGGAACUUGCUGGUAAUGGCGAUAUUUCUAUCGACGAAGGCGGCCAGGAAACUGGUGUAGUUCAACUCCACACGAAUCACACUAGCUUUGGGCCUGCCACCAAGAGCCAUUAUGAGGAAACGGCCUGGGCAUUAACGUUGCUGGAUACUACUGCUCGCGACGUGUGCAUCCACCCAGACCCGGAGGAGCGAAAGAGGGCAAUCAAUGAGCCUGCUUUUCUUCGCCCUUCAGCCGAUAUGGAAUACCUCGCUGGCUUCGUAACUAUUCUCCAUGCAAUCCCACUGGCGAGAGAAGCUUUAUUACUUAGGGAUAAAGUCAUCCGAGACUAUGGCAAUGACCCGCAGUGGUGGAAUGGACAGCCUAUUAACCUCCCAGCCUCAGUAACCCUAGCUGAUGACGGGUACAUGGAUGAAGAUGAACCUAAUGUUCUUCUACUUGAAACACAGAGGCUUAUGGCAUUUCUGGAUUCAACUCAUCGUGCAUUUGGAAGCGCUGAUAUCCUAGCCAACCUUGACUAUUCUCGAAGUGACAACUCCGAUGAUUACAGUAUUGGCCAAUUUUUGGAAUCAUGGCAAAUAUCUGCCGUAACAGCAACCCCAGAUAACCAGCUGGCUACUAUAUUCUCAUCCAUGGCUUCGAAGAGGCCAUUUUCUAUCAACGACGAACCGAUUGAUAGGGAAUUCCUCACAUUGACGCUUUCCGUUUAUCCGGAGUAUGCAGAAACGUUAUACGAUGUCAUGGACACGUCGAUGUGGAAUGAUUCAAUGGAAUCAGAGCUUGAUGAUAUAUGGAUUGACCGUAUUGGGGAAGUGUUCUCUCUACGGUUGGAUGCUGCGGGAGAUCAGAAAUCCGUUAACGUGAAAAUCCCUGCGGUGUGGUAUCCCGACCGGUAUAUGGAGGCGUGUAGGGAUAUCUCUCGUGAUAUUCGAAAAAAGAGAAUCGAGGCCUAUAUAGAGAUUGAAAGACUGCAUGAUUUAAUGCAGCGCUUCUCAACUUUGAGAAUUGGCGACUACACCUCCCACAUCAAGAAUAGCUUUAAUUUAGCUGUCAAUGCGUUGCAGGUGGCUUCGCGGAAUAACCUGGCCAAUGGGUCUCACGAAGACGCAGAUACACCAGAUCAAACUAUCGUAUCGCAUGAGGCUGCCAUGGAUCUCGCGAAUGAGUUGAGGGGCCUCACAGAGAAAAUCGACGAGAAGCUACAAUGCCUCGAGGAGAGAAAAUAUGAGGCGUUAGCUGCAUUAAGACGGUAUUCAAAGGAGCUUACGACUCCGUCUGACGAUCCUACGAAACCACCACAUAACAAAUACACGUUGCGAGGCGUGUGCACGCUUCCACAUGUCACAUAUGUACUGAGGCGGUGCAAAAAGCUCGUCGACGACACAGAUGAGUCCACCUCCACAAACCCAACCCCUGAUGCAUGGCAGUGGUGGCGGAUCAGCUUUUCCGUCGAUGACGCCAAAGCUCGACAUGCAGAAGCGACUCAGACACCCAUAAGGCCGAGAGUUCCCCUACCAACCAAUGCUGAUGUGGCUGGUUAUACCGUGCGACCUGUCCGGGAAAUAGAGGUUCUACGCGCUGCGAAGGAUGAAUCCCGUUCUGUGAUUCUUGUAUAUGCAAAUGAAAAUGCGGUGAAUUUUAAGGAGAGGCCCCUUCCACCGGAACUACAGGCAUUUGUGGAUGCGGACAACAAAGCCUUCGGAACUGAGUUAGAAGAAGUUGCCCGGAGAGUAGAGCGAGGGGAUGAAACUGUGGGAGUUAAACAAGGCAACUGUAAAACACAAGGGUCAUACGAUGAGCGCGAUCCUACCAGGGCGCUUUCCAACUCCGCGGCACCACUCACAACGAACGUGUUCGACUAUGAAGUAUCUUCGUUUUCGGAUACACCACCGAGUGAGGAGGAAAGGGGACCGGAGAUGCAGGAGCGGGUUGGUGGUAGUGGCAGUGGACGUGGCAUAUUGGGCGUUGACAGUGAUAGGAAUAGCUGGGUAAAUUUUUCCAUGCCACCGUCUGAGCCUAUGGACGGAAUUCAGAAGGAGGAAACGGCCGCAGACACAAUUGAACUGCUGGAAUCACGAUUACGCAGGAUCGAGUACCUGCUGACGGGCGAGGCGAGCUGGACGGGCCAGCGGCCGCAGAUACCAACUUUAUCCGGUGCUGGCGAGAAACCAGCGACGACACGGCUGGCAGAGUUGGAGUAUGAAUUGAAUGGGUUGGCGAGAACAGUGCCAGCUGUGAGGGACGUUUUAGCGCUUUACUCCCGCUUUCCAGACCUUUUCCAAUCCAUCCCGGACACCACCUCGACCUCGACCUCGACCUCCGCCAACCCCCAAUCCAUCCCAACAACCCUCCCCCUCCCCGCCCUAACCUCCAUAAUCCUCUCCUACGCCUCCGCCUUCCCCGAAACUGCCUCCCGCCUAACCUCUCUCAAAGACCUCCCUAUUCCACCCGCCGCCCUGUCCGCAUCCCUGAUAGAGCUACAACCGCGCCUGGACCGGCUAGCAGCCGUGCAGGAGCAGCAAGCGGCUGAGAUUGCAGAGCUGCGGGCGCGCAGUGCGUUGUUGGCGAAGCGGUGGGUGGAGGUUGGGGUUGUGGGGGGAAGUGAGGUUUGGGGGGAGUGGGAGGGGAGAGUGGAGAGGGUUGAAAAAGCGGUUAGGAGGUUGGAGGUUGAGGCGGAGAGGGGGAUUUAA